AUUGGGUUGUUUCUGGUUGCGCUGGUCGUUCAGAUCUUCACAUGAGCCUAGAAAAUGCAUGGGAGAUGUUUUUUGUGCUAGAAUGUUUGCCAAUGUUAAUCUGCAGCUUGCUUCUCAGCCAGCCAUGCUAGCUUGUGAUGGAAUGGAACCAGAGUCGAUCAGCUUUCUGUUCUGAUAUAUCCAGUCGAUCAGCUGUGUUGGAUUGGAUUUUCAAUCCCAGCUCCAUCCUUUCAAGAUAAUAGCAUGGAGUAACCUGUGUGUUAUUCUACACGCUUAUCUAUCUUGCUGACAUGCACAGCUUUGUUGUUUAUCUCCAGCUUCGUUCUGACAUGGCUUUAGGUUGUAAGGUAUGUUAUAGAUUUAAAAAAAAGUUGGAUGAAAUGCUGCAUAAGUACACGCAAGGAUGAAAUGCUGCAACAUUAUUAUCAGAUACAGUACUAUCCGAAACAGAUAUUGAACAAACUGAAGCUACACUAAUUUGUUUCAAGUUCUGAAAUGAAAUGGCUGGAGGAAAAGCAGAGAAGCAGAAAACUUGUUCGCUAUUGGAUCACAAAUCAGGCCGAUAGGGAGUCUGGGCGGGUGACUGGAUCCGAAUCAGGAUCCGAUAGGGAGUCUGGGCGGGUGACCGGAUCCGAAUCUGGAUCCGAUAGGGAAGUGAUCGGAUCCGAAUCAGGAUUCAGCGGACCUUAUCUUAAGUUGUAGUGGGACCCGACCCGCUUGUUAAACCCUCCCUUGCUCGUUCCCCUCCAACUCCCACAUCUUCCCAUCUAAUGGAGCCGCCGCCGCCGCCGCCGCCGGCGAUUCCCCGGGAGGCGUGGGAGGGCUGCAGCGUCCUCCUAGACAUCAACGACGGCGACCGCCUCGCCUUCUUCCGCCUCAGCCCCGCGGCGACGGUGAAGAUCGGGAACAAGACCUGCUCGCUGCAGCCGCUCGUGGGCCGCCCCUUCGGCUCCCUUUUCCGCGUCGGCGCCGACGGACUCGUCCCCUGCGCCGCCGCUGACGCCCCAUCACUUCGCGAUAAUAGCACACGAGAUGGUGCUGAUGGCCAAGUGCAGGAUGAAACCAGGGACAAUAGGUCCCUGGUUGAUAAUAAUACAGCUCAAAAUUUAUCUAGCGAUGACAUAGAGGCAAUGAAGAGGGACGGUGCAAGUGGCGACGAGAUUGUGGAAGCUUUGAUAGCAAAUAGCUCCACAUUUAGAAAGAAGACUGUAUUUUCACAAGAGAAAUACAAGUUAAAGAAACAAAAGAAAUAUGCACCUAAAGUUCUUUUGCGACGCCCCUCUACCCGAAGCAUUUGUGAGACAUAUUUCAAGAAAAGUCCUGUUCGAAUAGGGUUUAUGCGAGUUGACACACUGUCUCUCUUGUUGUCUAUGGCAAAUAUUGGUCCAUAUUCAGAUGUGCUUGUGGUUGAUAUGGUUGGAGGUUUAGUUGUUGGAGCUGUUGCUGAGCGCUUAGGAGGUACAGGAUAUGUUUGCAGCACAUAUCUUAGUAAAGCACCCAGCUCCAUAGACAUUAUAAGAAUGUACAAUUUGAGUAGUGACAUGGCCAGCAGGAUUGUUCAGGCGCCACUUAGUGACCUAUGCUCAUUGCAAAAUCCUGGCAAUACCCCUUCUGUUGCCAAUGGUGGCACUCAGGGGGAGGUGAUCGAACCUAUUGUAGUAUCAGCUGAGGAUACACAGUUAUCUCUGGCACAACAAGGUGACACAGCAGUAUCAGAUGAGAAGCCACCAUUAUCGGCAGAACAACCAAUUGAUAUGGAGAUCUCUGAGCCUUCAUUGGAUGAGCAUCUUGUUCAGGACGAAAAUUCGUCUUUAGAUUGCAAAGGCAAUGAUGGUAGGUCAAUAGCAUCCAAAUCACUUAAACCCGGAAAGACACCAUCACCAGAGAAGAUGGAAUAUUGGAAAGAACAUGGCUUUAGCAGCUUGAUUGUUGCUUCCCCGGACUAUGAGGUUGAAAGUUUGGUUGCUGAUCUGCUUCCACUAUUGUCGUAUUCAGCUCCAUUUGCUAUCUAUCAUCGGAAUCUUCAGCCUCUUGCGACUUGCAUGCAUAGCUUGCAAGGAUCAAAAAUGGCUAUUGGAUUGCAGAUUUCUGAACCCUGGCUUCGUGAAUACCAGGUCCUUCCAUCACGCACUCAUCCACACAUGCAAAUGGACGCAUUUGGUGGUUAUAUUUUGAGCGGCAUAAGGAUACACAAUACAGAUUGUGUAAUACAGAACAAGUGAGUGAUCAAUAAGGCUUCCGUCCAUUGAGGAAAAGGAAAGCCACCAUUUUAUAUUUUUAUGCUAGCUUAAAAGGGACAAAAUUUGUAGUCCAUAGAGCAGUCAACUUGCAUGUUGAAAUCAAUAUGUGCGAUCAGAUACAAACUGCGAUGCUUACAGAGAGCAUCUGGGAGUAUAAGGAAAUGAGCAUUGCUAUUUAGAUAUGCACCAAACAUGUGUACCUUGUAUCAUUAUGUGUUGUAUCUUUAGAGAAUUCAAACUAAACAUGUUCUUUUUAUUUGACUACAA